AUGCCGGCCGCCUCAUCAUCAGCCAGGAAGGCGCCAACAGCAGCUCGCGGCAAGCCAUCCAAGCAGCAGUCCGCCCCCGCCUUCGAGCAGGACUCUGACGACGACCAGGGCAGUCUCCAUCUUUCCACAGACGACGACGAAGCAAGCGACAGCGGGGAUGAGGAACAGGUCACAGAUGACUCCGAAGACGAAGAUGACCAGCGUUCAACAUUCGGUAGGCAGAACGACGACGAGGACGACCAGGAGCGGAGGUUUGCGCAAUUCGUCGACGAAGACGACCUCGACGACGACGACGACGAUGAAGAGGACGACGACGGCAGCGAGGAAGAUGAUAGCGACAGCGAGUCAGACUCGGACGUGGGCUCGGACGAGGAAGCACAGGUCGCUGCAUACACUCGCAAGCAGCAGGAGAAGCAGCUGAAAGAGCAGAUGAAGAACAUACCGUUCUCGGCGCUCGUCAAGGCGCGUCAGCAGCUCGGUGACGAUUCGCAGGAUUCCGACGCUGACGACAGUGCCAGCAUCGGACUUUCGGACCUGGAGCCGGACGAGUUCGAAGCGGACCGGCAGAGACUCGCCGCCGGCAAGAAGGGCAAGAAGGCCAUCAAGGGAAGAGCCGAUGCUGCGGACGAGGACGACAACCUCGAGGCCAAGCGCAGGGAGGUCAAGGAACGACUGCGGCAGCUCAAGGGCAGGAACGGCGGUGACGCUGACGGCUCGGACGCAGAGCAAGAGGACCGGAGAGCAAUCCGACGCCGGGAUCGCGAGGAGCGGGAGCAGAAGGAGCUCGAAAAGCGCGCCAACAAGCACGCCCCGACCGAGAUGUCGUCGAGGAAGCCCGUCUCGCGGCGGCGCAACGUCGUCGAGAUAGCCUCGAGCAAGGUCCGGGAUCCUCGCUUCGACUCGCUUUCGGGUGGCGCCACCAAUUCCGACCUGUUCUCCAAGUCCUACUCGUUCCUGCCCGAGCUGCUCAAGAACGAGCUGCAGACGCUCAAGACGGUCCAUGGAAAGCUGCGGAAGCAAGAGGCAAAUCAGGCCGGUCCCAAGGCCAAGAGCGAGGUGGCGCUGGGCAUCCGCGCCGAGCGGCAGAAGGUCGAGAUGGCGCUGCGCCGGGCCGAGGGUCUUGCGUGCGAACGGGAGCGGCGCGACCGAGAGACCGAGCUGAAGCGCAAGCUCAAGCGGCAGAACAAGGAACGGGUGGAGCAGGGUCUCAAGCCGUUCUAUGUCAAGAAAUCCGAGCAACGCGCGAUGCUGCUCAAGGACAAGUACGACCAGCUCGCGGGAGGCGACGGCGGCGACGCCGCGUCCAAGGACAAGCGCAAAUCGCUCAAGAAGGCGCUCGAGAGGAGGAGGAAAAAGAACGUGCAGAAGGAGAGGAAGGAUAUGCCGGUGGGGAUGUCGCUGGGGCUUGGAGGUGCAGCGGUGCCCAAGCGCAAGCGCGAUGGCGACGCAAGCGCUGCGGCGGGCCCGAGUCGGACGCAGUCAGGUCAGAAGCCAUCGAGGACCGACGGUCAGCCGGCGAAAAAGCGCGGUCGUCGGGGUUGA